GCAAGAAGGAGACUUGCAACCAUUUUGGAUGGAACAAUAAAUGAACGUAGGAAGAAACGAGAGACGCCUCUCGGGAUUACUAGAAAGGAUAUGCUCGAUCUUCUCCUAGAGUGCGAAGACGAUAAUGGAAGAAGACUAGACAACGAGGAAAUCAUUGAUACGUUAAUCGCAUACUUGAACGCGGGCCAUGAAUCUUCAGGACACAUCACAAUGUGGGCAUCUAUUUUUCUCCAAGCACAUCCUGAAGUUUUCAAAACCGCGAAAGAAGAACAAGAGAGGAUCGUGAAGAAUAUGCCCGCGGGGCAGAAUGGUUUGACACUAAACGAGUACAGGCAAAUGGAGUAUCUCUCCAAGGUGAUUGACGAGACGCUUCGUGUGGUGUCGUUUGCGUUCAUGACGUUUCGAGAAGCUAAGAAAGAUGUUGAGUUCAAAGGUUAUGUGAUUCCAAAGGGAUGGAAGAUUUUGCUUUGGUAUAGGAGUCUUCACCAUAAUCCUGAAAAUUAUCCACAACCUAAAGAGUUUAAUCCUUCAAGAUGGGAUAGCUAUGUACCAAAGCCUGGAACUUUUCUUCCAUUUGGAGGAGGAAGUAGACUUUGCCCCGGAAACGACCUUGCAAAGCUAGAGAUCUCCAUAUUCCUUCACCAUUUUCUCCUCAAAUACAAACUUGAAAGGGAAAAUCCAGGUUGUCCAGUGAGGUACUUGCCUCAUCCAAGGCCCAAAGACAAUUGUCUAGGAAGAGUUGUGGAAGUAUCCAAAUGAAGGAGGGUAGAUUUGGAAAUUAAUAAAAUAACGUUGUGUGCAAGAUAUUGACUUGAAUAAUUUCGUGUGUACAACAUACUUUGUUUCCACUUCAGUUACUUACUAUUAUGUACAAGAGGUUUUAGUUUGUGAUGCAUAUAGUGGCCAAUGUUUGAGGUAAACAAUUUAUAUAUCACAAAGUAUUUGCAGGUC